AUGGAGCCAUCCAUGGCACUUCCACCGCCACUGCGCCGCCACCCCGACCAGCCGAGGGGGCCCCGGUCAGGGCAGCCACCCGCAGCCCUAGCCGUCGCAGCCCGCGCCGCCGCGAGGUCUGGAAGAGCCGCCGCGGCCGCCGUCUCCAACCUCUUGCCCGAACCACCACCACCCACUGCUGCGUCGCCACCACCACCUGUCACUUCCACGGCAGAGGCGGUCACCUGCAGCCCGCGCCGCCUCGAGCCAGAUCUGGCCGUGCCAGAGUCAUCUUCAUCUCAGGCACAGGCGCGCCACCCACCUAGCUACCCGCCGCGGGGAGGCAGGGACGCCGGAGCGCCACGUCAGCCCGCCGCGCCGCCGUGGAGCCCUGCCACGGCGCCAUGUCCCGGCCCGAGGCACCGGCCCGCGCCAGCACCGCCCGAGCGGAAAGACAAAGGGGCCCCGCUGCCGCUGGCAACAGCAGGGCUUUGCCCGACCGCGCCCCCAGGCGGCGACGAGGGAGGAGGAGGGGAAAGGAGGGGGCGGCGAGGGAAACAAGGACUCAAGGAGAAGGAACAGCCAGCAUCAAGACUUGUGCAGAGUUUCUGCCAGGCCCGAACCUUCCGGCCACAGCCAAGAACCUCCGGCCCCCGGACCUUCCGGCCUGUCCGGAACCUCCGGCCCUCGACACUCCAGGCGAUGCACAGAUGUGCCAACUCUCUGUCCAGCCUGGACCCUGCCCGAAAGCUCGCCCGGAACCUUCGGCGCCCAGAACAUCCGGCCAUCCCGGAACUUCCGGGCCUGCUGCACCAACGCCGUCCCAGACCAUGCCAACUCUGUGGAUAG